GGGCGCUUCGAGGAAAGCUGUCAGACCCUGUGAGAAACUCGGAAAGUCGGACAACAAUCCAAGUGUCAAGAAACGAACACCUGUUGAGUAACGGGGGAACAGUUGACUUUUUCCAGAAUUCUUCUUUUUUUAGUCUGUGUCUGAGAAUUCAGAAUGACGGACACCAUAUUGCCAAACGGAUGCAAGGAAAACCCAGUUGUUGAAAAUGGCUAUUUUAAAAAGGGUUGCAACCCCUUCGCCCAGACGGGCCGGAGCAAGCUGCAGAAACAGAGGGCCGAGCUCAACCAGCAGAUCAUCAAGCAGAUGAGGAUGAGGGCCGGGGCGGAGAACCUCCUCCGGGCAACCUCCAACAACAAAGUCCGUGAGAUGGUCCUGCUGGAGCUGUCCUACGUGAACUCAAACCUGCAGCUGCUCACAGAACAACUAGAGGGGCUGAACAGCUCUGUGGAGGUCUACCAGAAUCCUCAAGAGAUGGCAAACAUCCCCCUGAUUCCCUUGGGACUGAAAGAGACCAAAGACGUGGACUUCUCUGUUCCUUUCAAGGACUUCAUCCUGGAGCAUUACAGCGAAGACGGCUCCAACUUCGAAGAUGAGAUUGCAGAUCUCAUGGACCUCCGACAGGCCUGCCGCACUCCCAGCCGCAGCGAGGCCGGAAUCGAGCUCCUGUCCAGCUACUUCAGCCACCUGUCCCUGCUGGAGAACCGGUUCUUCUCUCCCACGCGGCAGACCGGAAUCUUCUUCACCUGGUAUGACUCCUUCACCGGAGUGCCCGUGUGCCAGCAGAACAUCUCGCUGGAGAAGGCCAGCGUGCUUUUCAACAUGGCCGCCCUGUACACUCAGAGCGGGACCCGCUGCAAUCGACAGACGCGCGCCGGGCUCGAGGACGCCAUCACUGCCUUCCAGAAAGCCGCAGGGGUCCUGAACCACCUGAAGGAGACGUUCACCCACACCCCCAGCUAUGACAUGAGCCCAGCCAUGCUCAGCAUGCUGAUCAAGAUGCUGCUGGCCCAGUCCCAGGAGUGCCUGUUCGAGAGGACCGCCCUGCCCGGCAUCCGUAACGAGUUCCUCUCCCUCCUCAAAAUGGCCCAGGAGGCCACCAAGGUGGGAGACACAUAUGACCACCUCCACCAGUCUAUGAUCCAGGCCCCGAUCAAAGACAACGUCCCGUUCUUCUGGUCCACCAUGGCGCAGGUGAAGACCAACCACUACCGCGCCCUUGGCCACUACUUCGUGGCUACAGCGCUCCUCGACCACGAGCUGAGCCACAGGGACGAUGAGGACGAGCAGGAGAAGGCCCUGUCCCAGCUGUACGACGCCAUGCCCGAAGGCUACUCCCCUCUCGAUAUCCUCAAGAAGAAAGAGGAACGCCAGCGCAUCGGUAAGGCUCACCUGCGCAAGGCCACCCUGAACCACGAGGAGGCGCUGCGCAUCCACGGCCUGUGCCGGCACCUCCGCAAGCUGGACGUCCUGCGCGACAUCCUGCAGGCCAGCCACAAGCGCUCGCUCGGCAAGCUGGCGGAGAACGAGUCCGAGGACGAGUUCAUCGACUACCUGGAGGCCCCUGACAUCAUCUCUAAAACAGAUCACAAAGCUGAAUUGGAAAUGCCAGUAUCGACCAAGGUGAAAGUCAAAGACUUUUUCCACAAGCUGGGCCCGCUCUCCGUGUUCUCGGCCAAGCAGAGGUGGACCGCCCCUCGCACCAUACGCGUGCGCCCCGAGGACCUCGACCUGGGCUUCACGCUGAAGGGGGACGCGCCCGUCCAGGUCCAGUCCAUGGACCCGCUCUGCCCCGCAGCGCUGGACGGGCUAAAGGAGGGAGACUACAUCGUAGCUGUCGGCGACGCAGACUGCAAGUGGAUGGGCCUGAGCGAGGUGAUGAGGCUCCUGAAGGACGCGGAGGAGGAGGGAGUGGACAUCCGAGUGGUCAGCAUGAUGGACGGCAGCCUCCCUUUGCCCACCAAGAGUGCCACCUACUGCGGCUUACCCAAAACCUACUCCAUGAUUUGCCUGGACUUCGAUGAGAAUGACACUAAGGGCACUAAGUCCAGGAAGGUCAGUAAGAAAUUGUCUUUCCUCAACUGGGGCCUGAAGAACAAACACAAGAGUGCCAGCACCCUCAGCCUGCCCACCGCCGACUACUCCGGCACCUUGCCCUGGAACAAGCAGUGCGCCACCUUCCCACACUCCGCCAAUGACAGCGCACUUUACUAGGGCCCGCCCUCUUAGAUGGUGCAUUGCACGUACAUGGAUUCCUCUGUAAUAUAAGCGACCAGGAUUCUGUAUUUGAAGGAAAAAAAAAAACACUUCUGCUGUUUAAAAAAAAGAAAAAAGAUUUUAACAGUACUAAUUGUUUUCUCCGUCAUCACUGUUGACACAUGCUGCUCUUUAAUAAUACAUUGGUAGAAGGGGAGGAUUAUGUUUUGCACAGUAGGAGAGCUUGAUAUAGGGCUUUUUUAACACGACUCUGUUAUGGCAGGUUCUGGUAAGCUAAGUCCUACAAUCUACUUUAUUGAGAGGAGGUACCAAUACACUAACUACAAUGGUGGAGGUACCCUAACUGGAAAAAAAAUGUAUAUUGUUUCAUUGUUUGCCAAUAUAUUUAUAGGGUCAGGUGAAGGAAGUAAUUGUUAGUAAUAUGUUGUAUGAUGACUAGACAAGUGCCACACCCCAAAGGUUGCUGACCUUAUUUUUUGUUUUUUGUGUGUAUGCUGUAUUAAUGAAGUAGAGGAUGCAAGUUGUACAUGAAGGAAUGUUGCCUGCACUGGGGAACUAGAGAACAUUUUGUAUGAGAUCCUGCAUUUUUGUAGGAAACUGUUGAAUAUAUAUAAAAAAAGAAAGUGCAGGUAUGUGUGUUUCUGUGCCAGGUUGUUUAAACCACCAAAACAGAUGCAGGGAUAAGAGAACACAUCUGACACACCCUGUGUAAUACCUUGACAAUUACUGUCACAUUGCUGUCAAUGAAGGAUAUUGUGCAUAUAGAAUGGAAGCUUUUUUGACUUUUUUAAGGACUCAACAGAACAAGCUGUAUGGUGGCACUUGGAAAUAUCUUGUAACCUGAGCUGAAGUUUGAGCUUGCACAAUCAGACUAUUGUUGUCUCCUGUGAAAAGAUUUUUACCUUUGCUAACACUUUCUGAAGUGUUAGAGUAUUUCUUUGUCUACAAGGUAGAUUAUUAUAAACGUUUGAUAAUCAAAUUAUUUAUACAAAAAGACUUAAAACAAAACUAUAAAUGUAUUCAUAUUUAGCUUUUUAUGUACUUUAAUAAGACAUCUUAAGUAUUUCAUGCCUGUACAUUUGUAGUGGUUCUCUGUGGUAUACUGUUUAAAAUGUUGGUUUCUUUGUUACAUGUCCAAAAUACUGUCCUCUGUUUUAUAAGGUACAUACGCUCAUCAUAUUGUCUAAAAGAGUUACCCAAUAAAAGUUACUUUGCCUGUAUGUUCGUAAGCCUUUUAAUCUUGUAUUUUAUAGUUUGUUGUUUCCUAGUAUAAUGGGACAUUUUUAAUGUAAAAACCAGUGUUGAUAUUUGUUUUUGGAACUGAAGUUAUUCAUUUCUUAAACUAUGAAUUGUUUUACUGUUUUAAUUCAUUCUUGUCUACUUUACCUCUGAAAAACAGAAAAUAUUUGUAAACCGAUAUAGUUGACUUUGUUGCUGUUCUCAGUGUAGCGACAGGUAAACCAAAUGAGCAUUCCAGUACAUAGCUGUUUGAAUGAUAAAAUGUUUGCCUCUAGAGCUGUACCAAUGUAUUGUGUCUCACUUGCUGAUGAAUCUUAUCAAAGUGCCAUUGUAGAAUUAAAUAUUUUUGUCUAUAUUUUUUGUUGUGUAAAAUUUUACCAUUUUGUCAACAUAGGAUCAAAUCAUUGUGUAAAGUAUUACUGCUUCUGUUUUUGCAUAUGAUGUUCGUAUUGGUUGUCAUAUGUACUUCUUGGUGCUCAGAAAAAUAAUAGUUGGUCUUGGGCCUUUUUCUUCCUUUCUGCUUAGCAAUUUGUCAGGCAGUGUAUCUCUGUAUCACAGCAUGUAGCUAUGAAAACCCCAAUUUAAUGACUUCAUUUCCUUAAUUCAACUGUAACCACAUACACAAAUUUCAAUAAAAGUGGGAAAUUUAA